AUGACAAGAGUAGAAGGAGAUGUCCAUCAGGAACAAGAACAUGAUCAUAGUGAAAGUCCCGAAUUAGGAUCACCUGAUUCUGUACGCCAUAUUAAUGUUUCCACAUCUUCUGCCCAGGAAGAUAACUCUAAGCUCAAAAUAACUGUCACUACAGCUUCUGCUCCAGAAGUAUGUUUAAUGCCUUCACCUGAAGUUUCCAAGAGACCAAAGUCUAUGGAGAACAAUUUAAAUGACACUACAAAAACUUUUUAUCAGAGUCGUAGUCUUAGUCGGUUUAAUUCUGUUAAACGUAAACAGUUGGAGCGCUUACGUCAGCGAUCCGAUUGGUUCUUGGGACCUAAUUAUAAAGAAGUGCGUAUUAAUACAGAUCAUGAAGCAAGAGGGUCCAAUUUAGAAUCGGGCAAUGCCGUUACUCGUGCAUCAUCAGAGGGAGCUGUUUUGGAAGUAUUUUCUGAUGCCGAUAGUGUGUUUACAGAUAACACGAGUCGCAGUGAGUCACCAGCAUCAGAGCCAGUUCGUAGUUUUCUAGCGAGUCAAAAUGUAGGUCGUGACAUUAUACAUAGUGACACGUUAGCAGAAAUGACAAUGUCAGACAUUGGACAAGUUGCUGACGUUAGUCACGACUCACGUGACAUCACAGAACAAGAUAUGACAGAAACUGAAACCCGUUCAUUUGUUGUUGAACAUCACUAUGGUAACACUGAAGCAGAUUCCUAG